AUGAAGUUGCUCUGGAGUGCCACAGUGCUGGUUGUGUGCUUGGUUGCAGGACACGCUGCCGGUACGGCCUCUGAAUAUGCCUCGACCUGGCCACUCGACUCGCCGCCUUUUCCAACUGUCACUCGCAUCUCGCGGGAGCAUCCCAACAUUCUUGCGCUGCACGGGGCAGCCGGUCGUGUCCUGACGGGCGCGACGCUCGACUACGUGUACAACGGCAACGACUUGCUUGUGCAGACGAACGGCCAGCUUUUUCAGUACAUCGUGGCCACGCCUGGCGAUCCAGGCGGCGUCGAGCCCGGCAUCAUCAAGGGCUACCUCGACGACGGCGCUGACUGCACUGGCACCUUUCCCAACCGCAACCUCUCGCGCUGCGAUGGGGCGUCACUUGUGCGUGCCCUGCUCGACUCAGUCUGGGCCAACACGCCCUCUAUCUACGCUGUCUCAUCACCCACCGAUCCCGACUUUGCCAUCCCGCUCGUCCCAGAUCUUGUCGCCGCCAAGGCCAUGCCGCUGCAGCAAGCCAUGAUCACCAAGCCGCUACAGUACUACCCGACCAAUACUGGCUCGCAGCAGUUCACCGUGUACCUCUACUUUGCGUCAGCGUACCUCAAAGAUGGCCACGCCUACAACGUCUCGGUGGCAACGCCGCCAUCGUGCACCGGUUGCUUCAACGCAACCACAGGCUCGGUCCUCGACGUUGUGCUGAGCCCGCACACACUCUCGGACGCCAUCCACGUCAACAUGGUCGGCUUUCUCCCAGAGUCGUCCGCCGCCCGCGCCCUCAUCUCGGUCUGGGCCAACACGCCGGUCGACUUUAGCCAGUUCGUGCCGAGCGGCUCCUGGUUUCCGGGCUCGGGCGUGCCGCUGAUGGACUUUACCGUUGUUGACGACGCCACCGGUGCCGUCGUCUACGGCCCGGCCAACAUCACUCUCGUCCAGGAUCCGAGCGCGAUCGAGGACUUCCAAGGCGGGCAGCGAGGGCGGACCCAGUCCAAGACGUACAUCUUCGAGGCUGCGUUUCCAGGCUUUGUCGGCGCGCCGGCGCCGGCCAAGUUCCGUGUCGUCGUUGCGCACGUCGGCUCCUCGCAGCCGUUCGAGGUGCGGCACGGGGUCUACAACCGUGCUGUCGAGCUCGUCGGAUCCGCGCUCUACUACCACCGCUCAGGCGUGCCGCUCGAUCCCGCCUACGCAACCUACGCCCGCGGCGCUCCGCAGGUGCCUACACCGGCCAACCCGUACCUCUACUCGCUCCCGAUCAUGUACACCGGCUCGACUGGGCUCGGCGAGUACGCCGAGGCAUUUUCGACCAUCACACGCGAGGCGAUUCCGGGCUCCGAGUGCCUCGCCAAGGGCGGGUCCAUGGACGCCGGUGACUGGGACCGGCGCAUUACACACGUAGCGCUCACGCAGGCGCUCUGUGACCUCUUUGAUCUCGACGCCGAGUUCUUCGCCGGCAUCCAGCUCUCGCAGCCACCGUCGUCGCUCAACCUGCCGCCGCUUCUCGAGGCCGCCUGGCGGAACAUCGACAUGUACAUCGAGUACAUGGCGCCCGACGGCGGAGUCAUCGGCGGCAUCGAGUUUGAGGAGCAUCCGGUCAUCGGUGAAGUCUCGACAGACACCUCGCUCAAGGUCUACUGCCACUCGCCGGACCCGUGGGCGUCGUACCUGGCGGCAUCGGGCGCCGCGCGCCUCGCCCGCGUCUCGGCCCAGUACAACGCCGCCUUUGCCGCCGACCUCGAGGCCAAGGCCGAGCUUGCGUUCUCAUACGGAGAAGCGCACCUUCACGAUCCGCUCGAGGCCAAGUACAUGCCGCUCGGCAACGAGUCGGAUCCCAACUGGCCCAACUUUAAGUACUUUCUGCCCAAGGUUCUGCGCGAUGCCCGCAACACCGCCGCCGCCGAUCUCUUCCGGCUCACCGGCAAGACCGAGUACGAGACCGUCUUUGAGGCGACGUCGGUCUUUACCAUCCCCGGCCGCGAGGUCAGCUUCUUCAACAACACCUACUCGGACUACGAGUGGCGGCAAGAGGAGGGCGCGUGGGUUUACGCGUCGACGCCCGGCGCGACCAACAUCGCGCUUCAAGCCGAGUGCUCGGCGGCUGUGAGGCGGACGGCCGACGACCUCAUCGCCAACAUGAACAACCGCGGUCUCGCCAUUGCGCGGUCGUACUUUUGGCCGGCAGUCGACCUUGUCACCGUCCGCCAGGAGAUUCCUCGUGCGCUGUUUCUCAUGCCGAACUCGACCAUUUAUCGUGAUGCCGUCGAGCGCUCGCUUGGCUUUGGCCUCGGCGCCAACCCUCGCAACGAGGCGUUCAUCACCGGUAUCUGUGGGCCCAAGGAGCGGCUCGGCUACGAUCGCGGAAGCUGCGUCGAACAGAUUGUUCAUGUCGACACCUCGUUCCGCGGCCUCCGCUCGCCGCCGGGUAUCCCUGUCCUCGGCCCCCUCGACGGUAACGGCAUCUAUGGCCCGACCGUAGCCCCAGUCAUCGGCUCGCUCUUCUACCCGGCUAUGGCCACCUUUCCCCCUGCCGAGUGCUUUGCCGGCUUUCACCUCGGCACCUCGCCGAUGACCGAGUACACCAUCCACGAGACCUUUGCGCCAAUGCUCCUGCAGCUCGGCACGCUCGCGAUGCUGGGAAAGGAGCCGUCGCCGCCACCACCGCCCCCAUCGCCGUCGCCGCCGCCGCCGCCCGCAUCGGCCAGCCCGCCCCCGCCGCCAGGCGCCGCCUCUGCAGGCCAGAUCGGCGGCUCAUCGCCGAGCUCGAGUGACUCACUCAAUCUGGUUGUGGGCGGUGCUGUUGUCGGCGUGGCGGCCGUUGCGUUUAUUGCGGUCGUUGCGCUCUUUAUCCGCUCACGCCGCAACAAGCGCGCGUCUGCGUCAGGUGGCGCCUCUCACGCGAUCUCGCUCGCCGACAUGUAA